CAGCCCCAAUGAUUUCAUCCUCCUGAAAAAAAAUGUGUUAAUGUAAAUUAUAGUGUAAUAUUGUGUGCACUUUAUUUUAUGCAUAUGAACAUUUAGCUAUGGUUAUGUUAUCUAUUGUGUGAAAAAUGGCCGAUGAUCAAAUCUCUGAUGAUGCCCCUCUCUUAUGCAAUGAAUCCGUUCAAAGGCACGAUGAUAUUAACAAAAAAUUCAACUCUAAAAAUGCUAAGAAAAUAGCGUUAUGUUUUGUUUUCUGGUUUAUUGUUAUUCAUUCUUGUAUUCAUUUAUUCUAUGCAAGAGAUUCUUGUAAAUGGCUUCUAUCCGAUGGACGAUAUAAAGGUGACAUGGGCUGGCAACCAUAUGGUUGUAUGAUGCAUGAAUAUAGUGAAUUGGAUUGUAGCCGUUGCUUAAAAUAUUUAGCAUUUAGAGGACGUUAUAAUCAGUUUCUUUUUAUUGGUGACUCUAGAAUACAAGAUAUAUAUAAUGCAUUUAUACAUACUAUAGAACCAAAAGCACAGUUGGUUCAAAAUUCCAAAUUUUCAGAUUUCCAUGACUCCAAUCAAUCAUUUCCUGAUAGUCGUCUCAAAUUAUAUGUUAAUUUUGUUUGGAGUCCAUUUGUUUUAGAUUCAAUGGUUCAAGUGUUUAAAAAACUGAAAGAUGUGAAUGAUAAACCUCAAGUAAUUGUAGCAGGAAGUGCAAUUUGGCCCAUCAUACAAUCCAAUGGUUCUUUAAAUGGUAUUCAAGAUUAUAUUGCUAAUCUUACCCAACUGAUACAGCCAAUCAAUGAUAUCUCAUCUAAAUCAACUGUAUUAUGGGUGUUGCAAGAACCAGUUGAAGAAAGUAAACUAGAUAAUUCAUUGUCUAUGGUGACUAAUAAUUUGAUUGAUCUUUAUAAUGAAGCUGCAAUGGAUGUUUUAAGUAAAAGUUCAGCUGAAAUGUGGUGGAGUUCAAGACUUGUUUCUCAGGGUGAAAUGAAUGAUAGCCCUGAUGGUCUUCAUUCUAGUAAUGCAUCUUUAAGAUUAAGAGCUCAAAUACUUCUAAAUUUAUAUUGUAAUGAUCAUAUGAAUUUCAAUGAUGGCACUUGUUGUUCUAGCACUGAACCUUAUACUUCAUUACAAAGUUAUAUGUUAUUAUUUUUUAUCAUUUGUAUUUUAAUUGGAAUUUUAAUGGCUGUAAGAUAUCAACAGAAUAGACUGUCUAAAAAUGAACCAUCUUAUGUGGUAAUGGUUUCUCUUGCAAAAUUAGGUCUUAUUAUGAUUUAUUUUUAUAUAUGUGACAGAACUAAUUUUUUCAUGAAAGAAAACAAAUAUUACUCUGAUGCAAGUUUUUGGUUACCUGUAGGUUAUGUAUUUGUGCUUGGUUUAUUUUUUACUGAAGAAAGUAGAUAUACAAAAGUACUUCACCGAGAUCAAACUGAUGAAUGGAAAGGAUGGAUGCAAUUAAUAAUUUUAAUAUAUAAUUUAACUGGAGCAAGUUUAAAAGUUUCAAUUGCAAAUCAUGUUCAAAUAUUGAUAGCUGCAUACUUGUUCCUUACUGGCUAUGGUCAUUUUUAUUAUUUGUGGCAUAGAAGUGAUUCAGGACUUACUCGUUACUUUCAGAUAUUAUUCAGACUGAACAUGUUGACUGUUGUGUUAUGUAUGUGUAUGAACAGACCGUACCAAUUUUAUUUUUACAUACCAUUAGUAUCAUUUUGGUUUACUGUUCUAUAUUUACUAUUAAUUUGUCCACCUCGUGUCACUGCUUCGUCUUCUGAAAUAAGACCAGCACAAUAUUUAUACAUAAUUUUAAAAAUAUUAGCACUAUUUAUUUUCAUUACCAUACUUUAUAUGUCUGAGGUAUUUUUUGAUAAAAUUUUUCUUACACGUCCAUGGAAAGCUUUAUUUGUUACCACAGAUGACGAUAUACAUGAAUGGUGGUAUCGAUGGAAACUAAAUCGUUUUAGUGUUGUUUAUGGCGUAAUAUUUAGUUUUGCUAUCAUCCUAGCUCAACGAUAUAAUUUAAUAGAUGAUAAUAAUCACAGUAAUUUAAUAUCGCCUCGGUUAGCUGUAUUCUCUUCGUUCCUGGCAUUUAUUGGACUUAUUGCCUCAACUGUUUAUAAUAUUCUGUGUCAAAAUAAAACUGAAUGCUAUGAAUUAUUAUCUUAUAUAUCAGUUAUUCCUAUAGUUGGUUAUAUUAUUUUAAGAAAUAUUUCUGGAGUAUUAAGAACACGUUUCUCCAGCUUAUUUGCUUGGUUUGGCAGAAUUUCUCUAGAAUUAAUGGUUUGUCAAUGUCAUAUAUGGUUAGCAGCUGAUACUCAUGGAGUUCUAGUAUUAUUGCCAGGUUAUCCAGUACUUAAUGGCUUGAUAGUUUCAUUCAUAUUUAUUUGUAUCUGCCAUGAGUUGCAUGAAAUUACAAUCAAAUUAACACCGUAUGCUGUGCCAUCUGACCAUAAGGACUUGUUCCGUAACCUAAUAUGUUUCAUAUUAUUAUUGAUACCAUUAGGAGCAAAUGAUGGUAUGUUUUAAAUAUGAAGUGAUUAAUCACAAUUUAUACAACAUUAGGUAAUGAGAUUUAUCAACUGUGCAAUUAUUUUAUAUUUUUAAGAAUGAUAU